GCGAAGGGACUCGGCGGGACACCCGUUCGCCCAAAGAGGAAGGCAGCGAUGUGAGCUGGACACCCGCCACGGCGGAGUCUCAACAUCUCCGGAGAGUCGCCGGCUGUGCCAGGACUUCACCUUGACUUAAAUGGAGACCUCCUUUGGGAAGCAAUGAGUUUCCAAUAACCUGUGGCGUGGCUUUUUUUAUCUGGAAAAUACUCAACCCCAGGGCUUGCCAUUCUACUUGGCUUCUGAAACUCCUGCAAGCCGAUGUGGACUACAGGUAGAAUGAGCAAUGCAAAGAGCUGGCUUGGACUUGGCACAUCCUUGUACUUCUGGACACUGAUGGACCUUGCAACCACCGUUCUCUGCAGUACUCCGAUGCCGGAAGUCGAGUUAGAUACACUCUUCUCAGGAAGGCCACAGUCACAUCAGCGGAGCAGGAGGAGCUGGGUUUGGAACCAAUUUUUUGUCCUGGAAGAGUACACUGGGACUGACCCUCUGUAUGUCGGCAAGCUUCAUUCAGACAUGGACAGGGGAGAUGGAUCCAUCAAAUACAUCCUUUCAGGAGAAGGAGCAGGGAUCGUGUUUACCAUUGAUGACACCACUGGAGACAUCCAUGCCAUUCAGAGGCUCGAUCGAGAGGAAAGAGCCCAAUAUACUCUAAGAGCUCAAGCCCUCGACAGGAGAACAGGCCGGCCAAUGGAGCCAGAAUCAGAGUUCAUUAUCAAAAUUCAAGAUAUCAAUGACAACGAGCCCAAGUUCCUGGAUGGACCUUACGUUGCCACUGUGCCAGAAAUGUCACCAGUAGGUACCUCUGUUAUCCAAGUGACAGCCACAGAUGCUGAUGACCCAACCUAUGGCAACAGUGCCCGAGUUGUGUACAGCAUUCUCCAGGGCCAGCCAUAUUUUUCUGUGGACUCCAAAACAGGUGUAAUCAGAACAGCGCUCAUGAACAUGGACAGAGAAGCCAAGGAAUACUAUGAAGUGAUUAUCCAAGCCAAGGAUAUGGGAGGACAACUUGGAGGAUUGGCUGGGACCACAACAGUCAACAUCACACUCUCAGAUGUCAAUGAUAACCCACCCCGGUUUCCACAGAAACAUUAUCAGAUGAGUGUGCUGGAGUCCGCUCCUGUUAGCUCGACUGUGGGGAGAGUGUUUGCCAAAGACCUGGACGAAGGCAUCAACGCAGAAAUGAAGUACACCAUUGUGGAUGGAGAUGGUGCAGACGCUUUUGAUAUCAAUACAGACCCGAACUUCCAAGUUGGCAUCAUAACUGUGAAGAAGCCUUUGAGUUUUGAAAGCAAGAAAAGCUACACCCUGAAGGUGGAGGGAUCCAAUCCUCACCUAGAGAUGCGUUUUCUGAACCUUGGCCCAUUUCAGGACACAACAACAGUGCACAUCAGUGUGGAGGAUGUGGACGAGCCCCCUGUGUUUGAGCCCGGCUUUUAUUUUGUGGAGGUGCCAGAGGAUGUGACAAUUGGAACAACCAUACAGAUCAUUUCUGCCAAGGACCCAGACGUGACCAACAACUCAAUCAGAUACUCCAUUGACAGAGGCAGCGACCCUGGAAGAUUUUUCUAUGUUGACAUUACAACAGGUGCUCUAAUGACUGCAAGACCACUAGACAGAGAAGAGUUUUCUUGGCAUAAUAUAACUGUUCUUGCUAUGGAAAUGAACAACCCCUCCCAAGUGGGAAGUGUUGCUGUCACAAUCAAAGUCCUCGAUGUGAAUGACAAUGCUCCAGAAUUUCCCAGAUUCUAUGAAGCUUUCAUCUGUGAAAAUGCCAAAGCGGGACAGGUGAUCCAGACAGUGAGUGCUGUGGAUCAAGAUGACCCUCACAAUGGUCAACAUUUCUACUACAGUUUGGCUCCUGAGGCUGCUAACAACCCCAACUUCACUGUCAGGGACAACCAAGAUAAUACCGCUCGCAUUCUGACCAGGAGGUCCGGCUUCCGACAGCAGGAGCAGAGCGUCUUCUACCUGCCCAUCCUCAUAGCAGACGGCGGCCAGCCGGUCCUCAGCAGCACCGGCACACUUACCAUUCAAGUGUGCAGCUGCAGUGACGAUGGCCACGUCAUGUCCUGCAGCCCAGAGGCCUAUAUGCUCCCAGUCAGUUUGAGUCGGGGUGCCCUCAUCGCCAUCCUGGCCUGCGUCUUUGUUCUCUUAGUAUUGGUGCUGCUCAUCCUGUCCAUGAGGCGCCACCGCAAACAACCCUACAUCAUCGACGACGACGAGAACAUCCACGAGAACAUUGUGCGCUACGACGACGAGGGGGGAGGCGAAGAGGACACAGAGGCCUUCGACAUCGCCGCCAUGUGGAACCCGCGCGAGGCGCAGGCGGGCGCCGCCCCGAAGACGCGGCAGGACAUGCUCCCCGAGAUCGAGAGCCUCUCCCGCUACGUGCCUCAGACGUGCGCGGUCAGCAGCACGGUCCACAGCUACGUGCUGGCCAAGCUCUACGAGGCCGACAUGGACCUGUGGGCCCCGCCCUUCGAUUCCCUGCAGACCUACAUGUUUGAGGGGGACGGCUCCGUGGCCGGCUCGCUCAGCUCGCUUCAGUCAGCCACCUCGGACUCAGAGCAGAGCUUUGAUUUCCUCACGGACUGGGGACCUCGCUUCCGGAAACUGGCAGAACUCUACGGGGCGUCGGAGGGGCCCUCGCCCUUGUGGUGACAGAAGCCCGGAGGCCAAGGUGCACCCAAAUCCAGACGUUCUCAAAGGCUGCUUCUCAUCCAUGAGGCGCGGCCACCACAGGAGCAAUAUUGUGCUGGACAGUGAGGAUGGGAGUGAGUGGACCCAACAGAGCUCUCUCUGGAUCAGCUUUACUUGGUUAGACUAAAUUAAAUAAUCAGAAGGAAACCCAGAAGAAGAGGGCAGAAUCUCCAAUUAUCUUUUUAAUUUGCUUUUUGACACUGUAUUCACAGGUUUGAAGUAUUAAAGCUUGGCUUUUUUGUUUGUUUAUUUGUUUGUUUCUUUGUUUUUCCUAUUCACCAAGGCCUUUGUCAUUUUGUCACCAAGGAAAGGCUCCAGUGUUAACCUACAGAGGUAGUAGGUGAAGGUGUGGAGGCAGAGAACAAGUCCUACUCCAGAAUCUAUGUUAUCUGUAUUCCCCAUUUCAGAUAGUUUCUCUGCAUCCUCAGAUCUGCAGAAAACAACACGCGUGGGCGCGCGCGCGCGCGCGCGCAUACACACACACACACACACACACACACUACUGAAAAAAGUAUUUCUCAGUGAAAUCAUCUUGCUUGUUCUAAGGUGGGUGGUAUGUUAUUUAACCCUUUCAGCACAAGGUUUAGACUUUCUUGACCUUGCAUGGGGAAUUGUUGGGGAGGGUGGGAGAAGGAAAAGACAUUGACUUGUGUUCAUGUUUAAGAGCUGAACCAAGAGUUGGCAUUAUAGCUGAUCCAGCAUCAGCUUUUACAUGCCUUGGCAAAAGUCAGAAGGAAACCAGAAAAGCUGCCUCUUUUGCACUGUAGAUGUCUCUUCUGUGUGCCAAAUGUGGAGACCAGAUGCAACAAACGAAAGCCAAAUAAGAAGUAUCUGAUAAAAGCAUGGGUCUGAGGGCUUUCCUAAUCUGUACAAAGUCAAUCCAAGGGAUGUUUACAUACUGUAGAUAACCUACUUGAACAAAGUCAGUAUUAUAGAGAAGAAUGGAUGUAAGAGUAUUACCUGUAAAAGUUUUGUAUAUUUGUUAAUAAUUUUGUUAAUAAAUACGAUGUACUACAUCUCGGUACCUUAGGGUUUCUUUUAAUAAAAGCUAAAUAGAAGGAAAGGUGUA